GCAGCAGCGUUGGUUGCCGUCGCCAUUUCGCCCAAUGUUUGUAAUGUAUUGUUCUUUACCAGUCAAUCUGCCGAGAUAGGGCAACGAGCUGCGUUGGAAAAGAUACAAGAAAUUGCAACGGCAAACGGAUUGCCCAUUGAUAACAUUCCAGCUCUUUCAAUGGGAUUGCGAAUGGGAGAAGGAACAGCAGCGCUUUUAGCUGUUCCAAUCUUGCGAAGCUCGGCCAAUGUGCUCUCCGAUAUGGCCACAAUUCAAGACAUUCUUUCGUGA